UCAUAACACCAAGGAGAAAACCGCUGAAUAUAUUGAGCACUGCGUAGAGUACUGUGUUCACCGUCGAGCACAAUCAAAAAAGUGUCGAAGCCUGUCGCAGCGUGUAGGGUCGCAGUUCACAACUUGAAUGAGACGGAGAGUUGGCAGACGCCGGCCGCGCGGAGCAAUCUCGGCGCUGUUCUGGUGGCUCGAGACCAACUCGGGACCGUGUGAACGACCGCCGCUGUGGCUCUCAAGAUCUCAGAUCUUAGAUCUCAAGUCGCUCUGCUCUUGCCGCCGCUCUACUCUCGACGUUCAUCGACCCGGUCCUCCUGGCGCGGCACUGCUCUCUGUGCGUGCUAUCCGAGAGCAGUUCUGUACCGCGCUGCAACUUCUUAGGCUUCUCCUCGUUGGCAUUAUUGUGUCCGCCAUCUUCUUCGCCGUCAUUGGAAUCUCCAUGCAGUAUUCGGUGGAUGAUCUCGCACUUAGUGCGGACGGACCUUCAGUGGGUACACUCACGGUGUUGAAAAGCGCCGUCAUAUUCCGGACGUUCUUGCGCACAAUGUUCGCGAGCCCGUCGUGAAAGCCGGGCAAGACUGAGUACGUUCUUCAAUAAUGCUUGUAUAUUUGUGUUCAUCAGGUUCUGACUCGUCGUCAUGC